UUCAUUCGGCGUUUUUUAGCUCAUCAACUGAUAGUUUAGGGUCAACAUUGAAGAAAAUAUAAAAAUAUUAGUUCAAAACUCAGUUGAAUUGAGUCAUUUUCAAAGUAUAAUAAAUUAAUCCAUAGUUUGGAUGUAUUAGCUGCAUGCUUUGCAACAACAUAUUAGCUAGCAAUUCAGUGUAAAAGGCGGUAAUUUCAACCAUGUGAAGCUUCUUUUUCUUCCUAUAUAUACAAAAUUUCAAUUUUCAUUAUAACAAGCACAAAAGAUCAAUUAAGAAAGUAAGAGCAGAGUCAACAGGUUAAAAAUGAAAGACAUAUCAAUCAUCCUCUUUUUCUUUAUAAUUCCAAUGGCAUUUGCUGAUUUGCAAGUAGGGUUCUAUGCUUCUUCCUGCCGAAACGCCGAGUCCAUUGUGCAGCAAGUUGUGCAGAAGCGAUUCAAUCGCGACAAAUCCAUAACCGCCGCCUUGCUUCGCAUGCAUUUCCAUGACUGUUUUGUCAGAGGUUGUGAUGCAUCCUUACUCAUAGACUCAACCAAGAACACCACAUCAGAGAAACAAACAGGCGCGAACGCUAGCGUUCGAGGAUAUGAUCUAAUAGACGACGUGAAGGAAGCAAUUGAAACUGCUUGUCCAUCAACAGUAUCAUGUGCAGAUAUCAUAGCACUUUCUACCAGAGACGCCGUCGCCUUAUCCGGAGGACCAAAAUACAAUGUUCCAACUGGAAGACGCGACGGAUUAGUCUCUGAUAGUAAUGAUGUUGAUUUACCUGGACCUAGCAUUCCUAUUUCAUCACUAUCACAAUUUUUUGCUAGAAAAGGAAUUACAACUGAAGAAAUGGUGACCCUUUUGGGAGCACAUACUGUUGGUGUUGCUCAUUGUGGUUUCUUUGAAAGUAGACUCUCUAGCUUUAGAGGGAAACCUGAUCCUACAAUGGACCCUGCAUUAGAUUCUAAGCUUGUUAAGCUUUGCAAAUCAACAACAGGAACAAAUGAUCCUUCUGCAUUUUUGGAUCAGAAUACAUCUUUUAUAGUUGAUAAUGAAUUUUACAAACAGAUUCUUGUCAAGAGAGGUAUAAUGCAGAUUGAUCAACAACUUGCCUUGGAUAAAUCAACAAGUCCUUUUGUGUCUAAUUUUGCUUCAAAUGGUGACAAGUUUAUUAAGAGUUUUGCAACUGCAAUCAUAAAGAUGGGAAAGGUUGGAGUUCUUGUUGGAAAGGAAGGAGAAAUUCGAAAGAAUUGUAGGAUAUUUAACAAACGCAAUUAAGCUAGAUUUUAUAAUGUUUUUGAGAGGAUUUCUAAAAAGAUUAUGUUUUCUAUUUCUCUUGUUCAUUUGAAAACAUACAUUAACGUUAGUUUCCAUUUGUUUGUUCUUUUACAAACAUCUAUCGGUAAUCUAUACAUAAUU